UGACCUAUAAACGCUUAGAAUCAAUAACUAAAUUUCGUUCGUUUUGGAUAUUGUGAGCGUCAAUAAUCAUCAACAUGACAACUGUUUAUCAAAUAAUAAAUAAUUUAUUAGAAAUUAUCGAUGAUGAGUCUGAUGAUAGUGAUGAGUUUGAUAUGAUUGAAGAUAGUGAUAAUGAUAUGGAAUGGGAGUAUUGUAAUACUCAUUUGAAUUUAUCUUUCAAAAAAGAACCUUUACCAAGAAUUAAAAACUUUGUUGAAGAGGUUAUACCAGCAUUUUCUGAUACAGAAUUCAAAUCUCAUUUUAGGGUGUUUCGAUCAACAUUUGAUUUUGUUCGUGAAAAAAUUGAACCAUCGUUAAUGAGAAAAACCCCAGGAUGUGAAAUGAUAUCACCAUACAAACAGUUAUUCAUCGCUUUAUGGAAAAUGGCUACUCCAGAUUCGUAUCGGUCGAUUUGCCAAAGGUUUGGCGUCAGUUUUGUCGCAGCGUGGUACCACUCCACGUGGAGUGUACGAAGGGUCACAUCAGCUCUAGUCGAAAUAGCUCCGAAUUUUAUUACCUGGCCUGAAAAUGAAAAGCUUGCUGAAAUUUCUAAUGAAUUUGAAGCUACGAGCGGCUUUCGCAAUGUUAUCGGUGCAAUUGAUGGAACACAUAUAAAUAUACCCGCACCUCGAGAACAUCCGGAAUGUUAUGUCAACAGAAAAGGACAUCAUUCAAUUCAAUUACAAGCUAUUUGUGAUGCUCAAUGUAAAUUUAUACAUUGUUAUGCUGGGAAUGUUGGUUCUGUACAUGACGCACGAGUAUUACGUCUAUCAGAAGUGAAUGAUUACCUCAACGAUGAACAGAAAUUCCCGAACGAAUCUCAUUUAGUCGGCGAUGCAGCUUACCCUCUUCACAAACAUUUACUUACACCAUAUCGAGAUAAUGGGCACUUAUCAGCGAGACAAAAAAAUUAUAAUUUUUGUCAUUCAUCAGCACGUAUAGCAAUUGAACGUGCAUUUGGAUUACUUAAAAAAAGAUUUCGCAGUUUACUGACAGUUCUCGACAUGAAUCGAACUGAUUUAAUUCCUGAGUUCAUAAUCGCUUGUUGUGUCAUGCAUAAUAUAUGCUUAUCGAGAAACGAUGAAUUUCCGGUGGAGGAAAUAAUAGAACAAAAUGGAAACAUAAAUGAAAUGAAUUAUAAUAGAAUUUUACCUGCUGAUGGUGUUGAUAAACGGAAUCGUAUAUGUGAGCAAUUAAUUAUGAGAAAUGUGUAAUGAAAGCAACUAUCAUUUCAAUAGCUAAAAAUUACAAUUAUGAGAAAUGAGCAUGAACAGACUAUAUAUUUUAAGAUUUAUAUAAUUAUGUAUACAAAAAAAUUGUAAAUUUUUCAUAGGUGA